CGAUGGUCAACAGAGACAGAUUGCUGUUGCCGACACCAGGCGAGAUCAGGCACGACAGAAGGCUGCAAGCUGUGCGAGUAUGAGCACCUGACCGUCUCUCGGAAUGGAGUCAUGUUGAAGAAGUUACCUUCACAAGUAGUGUCUAAAAUAAGCUGCGCAAGCAGGUGAAACACAACAUUACUAGGCUCGUGGCCGUCGCCACCGCACAGCGGUUAUGGUACGAUUGACUAACGCUGAAAUUGGACGCGCUUUUGCAUUCGCAAUCGCAACCCCAACUUCAGACGGUACUCGGACCGCGCCGCUCUUCGAGUUAUCUGGCGCAGCUGGUCAGUUGUAGCCGCAAGCCCCUGUUAUGUGCCACCUUAGUCCAAUUGACUUCAAAGUUUGUAAUUACCUUAGUUGCUAUGAUGUACUUACAUGUUAGCAUUUUAGAAGACUUACUUACGUCUACCUUGCUUCGGCGACGGCCGAGCCUGCCAUGCUAGUUUAGCGGCCUUUAGUCUCGGAACUACUCAAUUAUAUUUUACGAGCGCUCGACAUUACAUAGCCGGGGCAGCUACAUCACUUACACGCCUUGGCCAUGGCGCAGCAAUGCAAGGCUUGCGCACCGAGUGAACGCGCAUCCCAACGCCCAACCCUUUGCCUCUGCCACCUCAAGCCUCGAUUUUCUCUCGUCGUCCCAGCCGCACGGCAACAACCUCGGAGGGGGGGUCCCUCCUUCGCCUCAACAUCCUCCGACCGCAGCCAUUCCGCCGGCCCCUUGGGUAACCUCCAACGCGAUGGCGCUCAGCCCUCGACUCCACAUCCCUUGGGACCCCAACAACAACAAUCCCAACGAACCCAACCGCCGCAACAACCACUUCCACAACCACCACAACCAACGCGGCGCAGCCGGCCCCGCUUCCGCCUUAUCACAGAGGGCCCCGACACGUCACUCGACGUGCAGCGCCCCGAAGACAACCCCUCGCUGGACGAUAUCGUACUGGACGAGCAGUAUUACCGCGAACUGGGCCUUACGCGGGAGGAGGCCCAGGAGGCCCUACGCCAGCUAGAUGCUUCGGAACUGGAUCCAGAAGCGGAGCUGCUGGGCCCGGAAGACGAUGGUGACGGGGCCUUAUACAUGGACUCUAUGUUUGGCCCCGAGGGGCUUAGGAGCCCGAUGCAUUAUGGAGGUUUGGAUCCGGGUUUUGACGCCACGUCAUCCGCCUUCUUGGAGGCAGCAGGAGGACUAGAAGAGGAAGAAGAGGAAGGACAGGAUGAGGAAGAGGAAGAGCUAUACGGUCCGGAGGCCGUGUUGCUGGCCGGGUUCCGGUCCGAGGAGCCCGGGGCGGUGCGGGCGCUGCUGGACCAGGCGGGGGGGCACGUUAUCAAGGUCAUUCCGGUCACGGAGGCCAUGCUGUACGGCACCGUUGAGGCUGCCGUACACUCCCCCGAGCUAGACUGGGGCGCUCCGAGACCCGCUGACGGGUCGCGUGGGGGCGGCUGGGGGGCGCAGCGCACUGUGAUGUUCUCGGGCCUGGGCCUACGUGCCCAGCUGACGCUGCUGGAGCUGCUUGAGGCGUCCGGGGUGCCGCCGGUGUGUGUGGCGGUGGCGGGGCCGCAGCAGGCGGGCAGGAGGCUGGGCGAGGUGCUGGCGGAGGCGGUGCAGUCCCAGCGCUCUCACACUCGGAGGCUGCCCCAGGAGGAACCCUGGCGCCGCAUCAGCAGCGGCAGCGGUGCAGGGGCAGGGGCAGGCUCGAAUACCAGAGCCAGUGCCCGCAGUAACCCAUAUACCAUUGGCGCGACGAGCAACGCCAGCAACGGCAGCGGCACCAACGACAGGAGCGCCGACGGGGCAGCAGCAGCAGCAGGCAGCGGCGGCACUGCUGCAGCUCCUCCUCCUCCUCCUCCCACACGAGUAGCUGACUCACCUCGCGGCCUAGCCCCCCUGGACUCCCUGCUGGGUCAGCAGGUCAAGCAGCGCUUGCUGGCCCAGAUACAACAGCAGCAGCAAGAGGAGCAGCAGCGGCAGCAAGAGGAGCAGCAACAGCAGCAGCAGGGAAGGGAGGCGGCGGGGGAGGAGGGGGAGCUGCUUGGGCUCAGCGAGCAGGCGGCGGCAGAGGCGGCGGCGGCGGAGUGGGCUGCUUGGGCCGCCAAAUCCGCCGAGGCUUCAGAGGCUGCUGCUGCUGCUGCUAAAUCCGCUGCUGCUGACACCACCGCUGCGGCUACGACCACAAGCGCUACGACCGGUGCUGCUACUCCGCCCACAUUUGCAUCAGCAACAGCGGCUUCAGUGGAAGCAGCAGCACCAGCAGUACCACCAGCAGGAGCAGGCUACGAAGCAGAGGCGGCUUCCCAGGAGUUCUCGAACCUAAGUCGCGAACUGGGUUUGGAUUUGGAGCAGUUGCGGGAGCAGGUGAUGCGUCAGUUGGCGGAUCUGGAUCCAGAAACCCUGGAGGAUAUCCUGUUGGAUUCACCAUACGGCGAUGCCGCGGGGGAGGCCCUCAUGUCUUGGCGCGAGGAAUCUGGGGAGUUCGAGGAGUUUGAGGAGGAGGCGGAGGAGGAGGCGGAGGUGGAAGCCGGCGAUUUGGAGGAUGACAUCAAAGCAGCGGAAGAGGCUGGGUUGGGUGGGGAAGCGCUAGGGCAGGGAGAGCAACAGCAGCAGCAGCAGCCACAGCAGGCGGCGGAGGAGGAGGGCGCAGGCAUGGCUGGCGGCUUGACGGCGGCUGCGGCGGCCCGAGUGGCUGAGCGGCAGCGGCGGCGGUGGCAGGCAGCUCAGGAGGAGCUGGAGGCGGCGGCGGCGGCGGCGGGACGACUGGUGGUGCAGGCGGAGUCCCGGCCGCUGAGGGCGAGUGAGGAGCCGACGACAACGACGGCGGCGGGAGGUGGCGACGCCGGUGGCGGCAGGGAGAAGGACAAGGACAAAGGCACACCUGGUGCAGGUCAACAACAGCAGCAGCUUCAACAACAGCAUCCUCAACCUCAACAGGUGCGCACAGGGGUACGGCAAGUCAGCGAGCAGCACGCGGCUGCACCCGCCAGCGCAGUACCGGCAGCAGCAGCAGCAGCAAAAGCGGCUUCCGUGUCUGCAUUCGAUUUGGGCCUCAGUUCUAGUUUGGUCAGUGACGGCCUCAGUGAUGAUGGUCUGGACGCCGAGGGAGACUUCUCCGACCUAGAUCAGCUGCUAGGGCUACUGGAGCCGCCGCCGUCGUCAGUCGGUUCGUCGUCAGUCGGCUCACCAUCGGCCGUGUCGCCUCCGGAGACGGGAGCUGCGUCGUCGGCCGCCGCCGUCUCAUUCAGUCCUACGGCCGAGGUAACGGGAGGCGCAGCUGCGGAGGGUGCGCCGGCGGAGGGCGCGCCGACGGCGGCGACGACAGCGGCGGAGGGUCAUGACGGUACGGGGGCCACGGCGGCGGUGACCGCGGCGGCGGUGACGGCGGGCAAUGGGGCCUUGCAGCGGGUGCAAGCGGCUGCGCGCAGCGGAGCGGCACCGGAGGUCAUCCAGCAGAUGUUGGAUGAGAUGAUGUACGGCUUUGCGCCGCCGCCGGCGUCGCCGUCACCGCCGCCACCGCCGUCGCCGUCAGCAGUGGUCGCUUCUGGAGGAGCUGACGGCGAUGGUGGUGCUUCAUCGGCGGCAUCAGUGGCGGAGGCGGCGGAGGGGGGUUCAUCGGCGGACGCUGACCUGACGGCGGAGGCGGCGGCUUCUUCUCAGCCGCAAUCUCGGCGACGGGGCAGCCUAUUCGCUAACCUGCGUUCCUCAACCUCCUCCUCCUCCACAUCCUCCUUGCCCCCACUUGCCAUUUCGGCUCGGCAGCAGCAAAGGGAACAGCAGCAACAGGAGCUGCGGUGGCGGCGGUGGCAGCAAGGAGAGCUCGGGGGGGAGGAGGAGGAGGAGGAUGGCGGCAUGGAGUGGGCGGAGAGCAAGGAGGAGCAGCGGCGGCGGGAGGCAGCGGAGGAAGAUCUCAGGAGACGUGUACGGCAAUCGUACGGCCCCACGCCGCCUCCGGAACCAGAUCCGCAGCUGAAGCCCCUGCUGGAGGUGCGGCCCGACCUUGCCAAGGCGGUACAAGACAAGCGAGUCAAGUUCCUGGACCUCAGUCGCCUCAGCGACAAGCAGAAGCGCCAGUUCGCGGAGUACCAGGCCCGUCUGAAAGUGCAGCACAGCGCAGCACCGCAACAGCCGCAGCCGCAACAACAGCAGCCGCAAGCCGACCAGCAACUGCAGUCGCAGCCUUCUGCAGUGGGCGAGGCGGAGGUGCUCCAGGGGUCCACAGUAGCCAUAGGGCCGCAGGGGGGAGCGGA